GGCGGAUAUGGAGCUCUCAGAUUGGCAGAGGCAGCGCAGAGCUACAGGUACCGCUCCCUUGUGAAAGUGAACCGGGCUGACAGAGAGCAGCAGCAGCGGCAGCGCAGGAGAGUGCCGCACCCUUUCUGCUCCUCCUCAGCGGAUGACUGUGCGCAGGUUGCACGCGCUGAAAACUCCCGGAAGCAGCAGGAAAGUUGAGGUGACGCUGACCGCUUUAAAGUUUUUUUUUUUCUCAGAAGAAGAAACGGAGCGGCAGUGUAGAAACCUCCCACACAGCAGUUUCUGUUGACUUUCGAGCCACUUCUUUUUCUUUUUCUUCUUCUUCUUUUUGUUUGUCUCAGUGCUCAAGAGGCGUUCAGAGUCCUCAGGUGAUCUGAAAUGUAGGUACAGCCUGACCUACAUUAGAGUUGAACAACUCCACGAAAUUUGAACUGGAUGUACCUGCGGGACAAGUUCAUAGUUGCAAGGAAAAGACUUCCCUGAUGUUGUUGGAAACGCCUUAAUAGGUGACGGCUUGGGACUUUGGAUCUUUUUAGUCGGCCUUCCAACUCAUGGCAAGCCGACCUCCAACCUGCCGAAGAACACAGCUGUAAACGUCGCCACAAUCUUUGGGCUCUAUUGCCCAUCGACUAAACGUCCAUCUGUUUCAAGUCUUCUCUGACGCCAUGUCCGGCACAAAUUCCAGCGUCACUGUAUGCUACUAUAAUCAAACUGUGGAAUUUUUUUACAAUAACGCCAAUAAGAAGAUUUCUCCAUCCUGGCGCAAACGGGACUAUGCGGUCGUCUCUUUGGGACUGCUUGUUUGCUUCAUAGUUAUCCUUUCAAACCUUUUGGUCAUAUCGGCCAUUUUCAAAAACCGCCGCUUUCACUUCCCCAUCUACUACCUGCUGGGUAAUCUGGCUGUUUCAGACUUGUUUUCAGGCGUUGCCUACCUCCACUUGAUGUUUCACACUGGCCCUUGGACCAUGAAGCUAUCUCAGUACCAGUGGUUUCUUCGCCAAGGGCUAAUCGACACCAGCCUCACGGCCUCCGUCCUCAAUCUUCUUGCUAUUGCCAUGGAGCGACACCAGACCAUCUUCAACAUGCAGCUGCACAGCGAGAUGAGCACGCGGCGGGUUUUCAUCAUCAUAUUUUUCAUCUGGAUGGUGUCGAUUAUUAUGGGCCUUUUUCCCACCAUGGGAUGGAACUGUCUGUGUGACCUGAAGAGGUGCUCCACUAUGGCGCCGCUCUACAGUCGCAGUUUCCUGGUGUUCUGGGCGCUUAUCAACUUGAUUACUUUCUCCAUAAUGGUGGCCAUCUACACCCGGAUCUUCUUUUAUGUGAGGCACAAGAGCAGGCAGAUGUCUGAGCACACAACCCCGACCAGACACAGAGAGACCGUUCUCGGCUUGAUGAAGACCGUUUCAAUGAUCCUAGGCCUCUUCGUGCUCUGCUGGACCCCGGGCCUCGUUCUGCUGAUGCUCGACGGUCUCUAUUGUGAAACAUGUAACGUGCUGAACUACGAGAAGUACUUCCUGGUGCUGGCCGAGUGCAAUUCUUUCGUCGACCCCAUCGUCUACUGCUUCAGGGACAAAGACAUGAGGAAAACCUUCAAGGAGCUGCUGUGCUGCUUGUGCCGCCGGGGCAAGGGCCCGUCUGAUAAUGACUUUACCACCCUCGAGGAGUCGAGGCUUCGUACCAUCCGGAAGGCGACGAAGACCAACGGGACGCCGCUCAUGAACCACGUGUCGGAGGAUCACGCCGCCGCCUCAGACGGCUUCCACUGACACGACCUGAAACGCUCCCUUGACGGCAUCUACCGAUGUUCGAAUGCUUCAAAAGACGAUGGCGCGCCUCUGACCAGCAGGCGGACAUGAAAUCCGAGCGAUUUCAAUCCUCCUUUUAAUAGACUUGAACUGUCUCUGAAUGCGAGCUGCACUCCGGUUUUAGAAGCACUCCACAAAUCAGCAGCAAGAACAGCAUGAUGGCGUGCAGAAGAAGUGAAAGGACUGUUACCAAGGUGGCCAUUUUGAAACAGACCAAUGCAAUGUAAGCCCUGCCACACUGUGCUUAUGUGCGCGCAAAAGCUGCUACAUCAACUCAUCAACCUCUCUUCCUGUAGAUUAGAAACAUAAUUGCUAAAGCGAACAACGGUAGCUUAAAAAACGCUCCGAAUUACGCUUUGUGGGACAUUUAAUACUUACCAUCUCACCUUGAUUUCAUAAGAAUCCAGAUUAUAAAUAGCUAGUUUAUGAAAAACUUUUUUUCCCCUCCAUCGUUUCCCGCUUUUUCUACAAAAAGGCAGCUAAAUGUUUGCGACGUAGCUUAGAGAUGAUGAUGAUGAUGAUGUCUGUUUGCACCAGAGAUUAUUUUAUAAAGCAAGCCAUUAACUGUAAAUAGUUAACGUUGUAACUUAUCACUGUUUUUUUGUGCCGUCUUGAAUCCGUCUCGUUGUUGGUUGUUAAUCUGACAUUGAGCUGGCAGAGGAAGGACUUGCUGACACCUUUUCCUUUUUACUGUUUUUAUUUUAGAGUUAAGAACUAGAUUUUUUUUUUUUUAAUGGUUUAUUGUUUUUAUUUGGGAG